AUGUUAGCGUUAUAUGACACGUUUCGGUCUCAAGAAAAUUUGAGACUCGCGGCGUUCGGCGACACGUUCACGUACAUUCACACUAUAACGGCUAUAUUUACAGGUAGCAGACGAACACUCAGCGGCGCGGGGCGCGGUCCAGCCCCGGCCGGCGCCGACACAGCACUGCACAGACUGCACUACGGCGCACCUCGCGCCCCCCGCGCCCCCCGCGCCGUCCGAAGCGGCGCGCGCCAAUAA